AUGGCGUCGCAGGAUGGUUCAAAACGAUCCCGUGAUGAACGUGAUGAAGAUGGGGGAAGUAAAAAGCAAAAAUUAAAUGAUGAAAAAAAGACUACGGAUUUGGUGAGGAAAUUGUUUAAUGAACGAGAUCGAGAAAAACGGGAACAAAAUAUUCAAGCAAUUGCAGAAUUGAUAAAUGCUAAAAAUGAUAAACGUACUCAAAUUAGUAAAUUAGCCGAAAUGGUUAAAAAAACAAAAACUCUAUAUAAAGAGAAACGUAAUUAUAAUAUAGAGGAUCGGGAUCUUAUAGAAUUAGCGGCGCUUGUACAAGAGCGUCAAAAUGUAGAUGUUCCUAAAAAAGAUUUUUCCGCCGAAUUAUUGCGUACACAUCAACGAUUUGGAUACACGGAAUAUAUCUUUGAUAUAAAUGUUGGUAGCGCUAAUAUGAAUAGUUUACCUGAUUUUUUUAUAAAUUUACGAAGUGUAUUCGAUUACCUGAUAAAUACUAUGUUGUAUUAUGCUCAGACGAAGACGGAUAAGGCAAGAUUUUAUAUCUCGAACGCGCCGCGCACACCGUUUUCAACAAGCAUUUUAAAUGUCAGCGAUUUUACAACCGAAAUGUUUUUUAACAUUUUCGAAAAACAUAUGCAAAGUAAUGCACAAGAGAUCAUAAAUAAUGGCUGGAAUACCACCGUCAGUUUGUAUAUUUUUCCAAACGAUUAUGUUCCGCGUAAAAAAAAACCGGUAAAAAAAAAAAAAAUAAACGAUAAUAGAUUGUAUAAGUAUUUUGGGCGGAACACGUCGGAAUCCGGUACGGGUAAGCAAAAUGAACCGGUUUUUAAGUACGGUCGUGAAGCACGACACGGUGUUUUUCAGAUCGGUAAUUCCAAUGUUAGAAAUUGUUGUUUGGCUCUAGCUCUUUUAGUGGGUAAAUCUUAUUUGCACAACGAUUUUAACGCUGCUAAAUUGAAACGUAAUAGCCACAUACCCCUAAGUGACAUAUAUACAGACGACGCAAUUACCAACAUGUAUACAGUUAGCCAGUUGCCCGUGGGUGCACCAGUAUGUAUCAAUCAAUUACCCGUUGUUUACGAACGAUAUUUAAAACCGGACGGUAUAGAUUUGGUGGUUUUUUCCAAACAACAAGCCGAUAGUAUUGUUUACGAUUCGCGUUUGGACACAAAUCAAAAUUUACAUCGCGUUACAAACGAGGUUAUUUUUUUAUGGUUAAAUGAUGAUCAUUACGAUUUAGUUACUUCACCGUAUACGUUUGCACGUUUAAAUUUAGGCAGGUUUUGUUUUUCAUGCAUGAAAUAUUUCCGCCGGCACGAACGAAAAACAACGCAUGUUUGCAUCUUAAAUACGUCCUGUCAACGUUGCUAUUGUAAUACGAGAUAUUGUGAAUCGGUACAGGGCUUUUUUCAGCAAUGUACCGAAUGCGAUGUUCUUUUCUAUAACCCCGAUUGUUUUACCAAACAUUUGACACAAAAAGUGUUUAAGACAUACAUCAAUGGUGUUGUGAGAAGCGUUACACCGUGUCAACGUUUCUUUUUCUGUGCCUCGUGUUACAAAGUGGUAGCACGUAAAACGAUGACGUCAAGCAAAAAAUAUACGAAUCAUAAAUGCGACGAAAUGUUUUGCCUACAUUGUAAUGCCAUGAAAAAAAAAGAUCAUCAUUGUUACAUUAAACCGAUAAAAGAUUGUAAAAACGAGUCGCGACCCACAUUGUAUUUUUACGAUUUUGAAACGCGUGUAAAUGAGGGCGAUAUAUACAUGAUACCCUUCUAUUGCGUUGUGCAAAAAGUAUGUGAUGUGUGUGAUCAAAAACCGUUUGUUAAAAAUUACGAACAUUUUUUACCCCACCCUAGCGAACCAUUCGUGGAUAUCUCGGUCGAUGCUGUACCCUGCUGCGGUUAUAGACAGUAUGUUUUUGAUAAAAAUAAUGAUGAUAUAGUCGCGGAUUUAGUUGAUUUUAUGAUGACACAACCCAAAAACAGCGUGUGGGUUGCGCACAACGGCGGUCGAUUCGAUAGUAUUUUUUUAAUGCGUGAAUUAUUAAUACAUCGUAAAAUUGUUCCCACGCUUAUUAUGAACGGUAGUAAGGUUAUGUCGUUAGAAUUGGAACAACGAAAUUUAAAAGUAAUCGACAGUUACUUAUUUCUUGCUAUGAAAUUAGCAAAAUUCCCAGAAGCAUUGGGGAUCGAAAACGCAACAAAGGGAUUUCAUCCGUACUUGUUUACCGAUUUAAAUUACGUGGGUGAGAUGGUGGGUUUAGAAUACUUUGAACUUCCGGCCGAGGGUAGUGAAGAACGAAAAACAUUUGAUAGAUGGUAUAGGGAACAGCAAAAUAAAACGUACGUAUUUCGCGAAGCUAUCUAUUAUUAUUGCCGCAUGGAUGUGGACAUCUUGAGACGGGGUUGCAUCAUAUUUUCUCGUUUGAUUCAUCAGAUUACGGGUAUAUUACCCUUUUAUGACCGCACGUGUAAUACGGUUGCGGGCAUGGCGCUGAAAAUAUAUCGAAAAAAUUUUUUAAAAAACGAACAAAUAGGACAGAUUCCAGCAUGUGGUUAUGGGGGCGUGAAUAUAAAUCAAAGUGCCAUCGCUUUAUGCUGGCUAAGAGAUGUGGAAAUUUCAUUGGAUGAAAAUAAUCAAAAAUUGGCGAGUAAACUUAGCGUUGGCGGCGAACGCCGUAUAAUGGGCCGUUACGUCGACGGCUAUUGCGAAGAGACGAAUACGAUUUAUCAAUUUCACGGGUGUUUUUAUCACGGUUGCGAUCGUUGUUACGACGGACAAUGUUACAACAAUGUUUCGGCUACGAAAUUUCACACACUUUUUACGGCCACACAACGCUUAUCGCGAACGUUUGUCCAAGCGGGGUACACGGUUGUUGAAAAAUGGGAAUGUGAUUAUCGUAACGAGGUUGACAUGUCACCUUAUCGAUUAAAACAAUUGCGACUCACAUCGUUUUUCGAAUUUAUACAAUUGGAACCCCGUGACGCGUUGUUUGGGGGUCGUACGUCACCGGCCGUAUUAUAUUAUGACAUGGCGGUUAACGGUCUACCCGCAAUGUAUUAUGACGUAUGCUCUCUUUAUCCGUAUGUUCAAAAAAAAUUUCGAUAUCCGACUCAACAUCCGGUUAUUCUCAAGGGUAAAGAUUGUGAAAAUAUUGAUGUAAAUCAUGUGUUCGGUUUGAUUAAGUGUAAAAUUUUACCUCCCACGCAUUUACUAUUUCCCGUUUUACCGUAUCGUUCGAAUAAAUUAACAUUCCCAUUGUGCCGCACGUGUGUCGAUUGUCAACAGCGGGAAACAUGUCGACACGGUGAUGAACAGCGUGCGUUAUACGGCACGUGGACAAGUGUUGAAAUUCAAAAAGCCUUGCAAUUGGAUUAUCGUAUUUUAGUUAUUUACGAGAUUUAUCAUUUUACAAAAACCGAUAAGAUAUUCGAUCAAUAUGUGAACACGUUUAUCAAAUUGAAACAAGAAAGUAGCGGGAUACCUAAAAAAUGUUUGAAUGAAAACGGCGAGGUGAUACGGGAUCUAUUGCAAAAAUAUAUCGACGAUUAUAUGAAACACGAGGGUGUCGCCUUGAAUGUUACUAAUAUGAAUUAUAACGCGGGACAAAGAACCGUUAUGAAAGCGUUGUUAAAUUCCCUGUGGGGUAAAUUGGCCCAAAACGAAGAUGUUACGGUUGUGUCUUUUCUAGAAAGCAUGGACGAAUUAUUAGAUUUAGUAAACGACCGCACAGUGGAGGUGACCUCCUUAGAUUUCAUAAGCGAUAAUAUGGCAAAAACGACACACCGAAAAACGGCAAGUUUAACGACCUUGACUAAUCGUAAUGUAAUUAUCGCCUCUUUUGUAACAGCCUAUGCACGUUUGGAAUUGUUGGAAUAUUUACUAAAAUUAGGUGAAAAUGUUUUGUAUUACGAUACGGAUUCGGUAAUUUUUACAGAGGAUCGCGCAAACGGUAAAUUUCUCGAAACCGGCGAAUAUUUGGGGCAGAUGACUGACGAAUUAGUGGAAAAAAGAACGACAGCAAAAUGGAUCACACAGUUUUGUUCUGCCGGUCCAAAAUCCUAUUCGUAUCGCACGAACGUCUAUACCCGAACUAACGACGACGGUACCACGACCGAACAAAGCGAUGAAAUUGUACAUGUGAAAGGUUUUUCGUUAAAGGGUCCGGUUAAAAAAAUAUUGACAUUUGACACUAUUCGGGAGUGCGUCGAAGAUCCGAGUAAAAAAAUCGAGAUCACAUAUCGUGAAUUUAUACGCGAAAAUACGCAAAGUAUUUCGGUACAGCAAAAUACAAAAACCUUUAAAUUUACUUUUGAUAAAAGGGUAGUGCAUGAUGAUUUUACAACUACACCCUAUGGUUACCGGUAAAAAUUUAAAUCGUAUAUUUUUUUAGAAAGAAAAAUCCGAUUGUUUGCACGAUGUCGUAUUACCCUUUGAACAUCCCUUCGUGAUGAAUGUAUGCGGGCCCACACAAUCGGGUAAAACAUAUCUACUGGUUAACAUCAUUAAAAACAUUGACGUACUGAUACAACCGACACCUGACAAACUGCUAUAUCUAUACUCCGCCGAACAGAAACUAUAUGGUGAAAUUACGGAUCAUGUGGAAGCAAAUAAGGAAAAAAGCGCAUUGAAAGAAUGUGAGUUCUAUGAUUGUGUAGCAAUGGGUAUACCCACUAUAGAGCAUUUAAGACCGAUGUUGGGUAAACGUACCCUGCUUGUUCUCGACGACCUCAUGGUUUUGGCUAUGGCCUCUAAGGAAGGAAUUGAAAAUUUAAAUAAUUUGGUAACACGUGACAGCCAUCAUUUAGAUCUCUCGGUAUUUUUUGUAUGUCAAACUUUAAAUUACGGCAAUGGUAAAAUACGAAGUAUGCGUACGAACAGCAUGUACCAUCUUCUUUUCAAUAAUCAUACCGAUACUCGAGAUAUAGAAUUAGUGGCACGAAAUAAGGGUAUCCGUCUACCGACAAUACGGAAAAUUCUGUCCGAUGUUGGUAAAAAAGAAUACGGCUACGUAUUAUUCGACGGAUGCCCUCAUUCGCCAGCCAACACACGUGUUCGAACGGGUAUAUUACCCCAGGAAUGUACGAUAAUUUACGAUAUUGAAAAACCAUUUGUAUAA